AUGGAUGAUAAUGAAGAUGAACUUCUUACAACAGAAUUAGAAGAAAUUACGCAAGAACCAAGCGAAUCCGAUUCUUCAUUCAGUUCAUUUGAUGCUCUUAAAGAUUCUCUCGCUUAUAUGUCUAAUAUUGUAUCAGUUCCACCACAACUUGAAUUAGGUCUCGAUGCAUUUGCUCUUGGUAACAAUGCAAUGAAAACCGAAGAUCCUCUCUCAUUUGUUACCAUUAAUAUUCCAAGAAUGACUAAACCACAUCUUGCAGACUUAUUAAUCAGUAGUUUUUGCAACGCUACAUAUUUUCUAGACAAAAAUCCAUCAAAUCAAUUCAGUAUACAAAACUAUGAAGCUGAUAUGAUUGAACAUUUUGUAAAUCAUCCAUUAGUUAGAAAGCCACAUGAAGUACGCAACAUCCUUACAUCAGCAAAUGAAGAAUAUGGUGCUCAUACGCAUGUUCUCAACUAUCACGAGUUUUUAAUCAUUACAUCAAGUAUCGAUACUCACGAUUACUUUGAAGAAGGUGUAGAUUGCAUUAUUAGUGUAUCAAGAUUCAAAGACAUUACGCGAAUAGGCAGUAUGUCUCAGCAUUUCACGAGAUUUGUAAUUUACACUUUAAUUACAGACGAACAUCCAUGUGAUAUCUCAAACUUAAUAGCCGUUUUACUAGAAUUACCAAAAGUCUACUCAACUAUCUGGAACUCUCAUGAUGAGAAAGAAAUCAAAAAAUCUUUCGAACAAUCAGAAAGUGAUUUCCUAAUUGAGCUAGCUACAGCACACCAAGCGAUGGAGAAAGUCAAUGAACACCUUACUCACGAUAUUUCCAUUGGAAGAGCUGACUGGGUACAUCGACAAAUGUUGCUAAACCAUGAAAUGAUGUUUCACCACAAACACGAAAUAGAAGACGAAGAAUUCAGUUGUAGAUCAAUCUGCCAGAUCGGAAGAGGUGUUAUAAAUGACUUCAAAAGGAGAAUACAUUAUUAUUGGUCUGAUUGGCGCGAUGGCUUCUCUUUGAAACCAAUUUUUGUUGCUGUUUUCCUUGCUUUAGGAAUUUUACCUUAUGUUUAUAUUUUUGGUACUUCUAUUGAACAUUACACAGGCGAAUUCAUGAAUACGUGGCAUGUUUUAGUUUCUUGUAUUGGUGCUGGAAUUUUCAUGUCGAUUUUUUCACCACAACCAAUGAUAUUUUUGAGUCCUUCUGCAGCUUUUAUUCUUUUCUUGAAAGCAUGUAAAAACAUGGCGAAGUCACUACAUCUUACUUUAGAACAGAUUUAUCCGAUGACUGCUAUUUUUGCUGCUUUCUUUUUGUUGGUUUUUAGUUUGACGAAUAUUUCAACAGCCAUCAAAUACGUGACGAGUUUUUCUGAUGAAGUCUUUGUUGCUUUUGUCGCUUUCUUGUUUUUACUUGAUUCCAUCAAAGAAGUUCUUUCUCCCAGUGACCAAUACAUACAAGUUUGUUCUGCUUUCACUGCUUUAUGUGUUUUUGUUGUCACUUUUGCAAUUAAUCGCAUCAAAUUUAACUCUAUGACUUAUUCAUGGUUGAGAUCUAUUGCUUCGGAUGGAGCUCCUGUUAUAUCAAGUAUAGGUGUUGCUCUAUUCCUUUCUUAUGUUUUCCCAUCAGUUUACAAAAAUCUUCCUCAUUAUUCUAUUUAUAAUUUACAAGGAAAAUUAGAAUUUGUUACUUUUUCGGGAUUUUCGACGAAAAUCUUUUUUGUUUCUAUGUUGUUAGGAUUUUGUGCCGCGAUAUUGAUAUUGUUAGAACAUAAUGUCACUGCUAAAUUAGUUAAUGGCGAAGAGAUGAAACUCAGAAAACCAUGUGCGUAUCAUUUAGACAUUUUAGUUUUAGCUGUUGUUAAUUUAGUAUUAGGAUUGUUGAAUUUACCAUUAGUUACUGCAUCAAAGAUACACACAUUCCAUCAUAUCCAUGCAAUGAGUGUUCACACAUUUGAAUAUGAUGAAGAAGGAAAUCCUUCCUCUUUGUGUAUCAAUGUUUCUGAGACAAGAUUGACUGGUUUAUUAUCUCAUAUUCUUUUGUUUAUUGUUUUACUCUUUCCAAAGAUAAUGACACUCCCAAGAGCUGUAUUUGCAGGUGUUUUGGCUUUCAUGGGUGCAAUAACUUUGUUGAAUACAACUCUUUUAGUUCAUUUGAUUUCUUUGUUUUGGAAACCAGAAAAUUUGCCACCAAAUCAUUGGCUGAGAAAUGUCAAGAGAUGGAAGAUUUUGGCAAUUAAUAUUUUGCAGAUUGGUUGCAUUGUUUCUAUUUAUUUCAUUGAACAUUCAAUUAUUGGAUUUCUUUAUCCUGUUUUUAUUAUUUUGAUCGUUGCUUUGUAUAGAACUAUCUAUUACUUCUUCCCUGAAGACAUGAUGAUGAUAGAAAAUGGCUUUGUUGAGAAGAAAAAGAAGAAGAAAAACAACGAUUUGUAUUAA